AUGUUUCCCGUCGACACCAUCCCAGCGCAUUACUACGAAGAGCGCGCCGCAGUCGCCGAGGCCGCGCGAAAGUUAGAACAACAGCAGAAGCAGGAGGAGACUUUGCGACAACAAGCCGCCCAAGCGCAGGCACAGAGUCAAACAACAACAGCAAGAUGCUCAACGCCUUCAACAACCGCGGCGCAAUCGCUGCCAGCACCUCUGUCGCUUCCACCGCACAGAGUGCUAGCGAGCAUAUUCGGGGGGCCGCAGGUCUGCGCCAACUUCGACGGGGACCUCGACACCUGCUUCCACAACGCCGUCAUGUGUGCCGUCGCGCGCGCAGACGCCGGCUGUCAGAACACCGGAGAAGGAGAAGAGUGA